AAUCUAACUUUAGUAACCAUGACAACGUUUUUCGUUCAAACUUUGUUUACAAAUGGCGUUCAACUUCCGAAACGAACCAAGAGUGUUGUGUUCAAGAAUUAUUGUUUUUCUUUUAAUAUUGUCCUUUGCAAUAUGACGACUUCUUCCAAAAAAGGCAAACUAAUAACAGAUUUAGAUCAAUCAGAUAGUCAAAUACCAGUUAGAGAUAAACCACUUCACUCAAGCAGAGUAAUUAUGGGGAAGAAACAUCUUAGUAAUCUAUGCGGAAACUUUCCCAAUCGAAGUCGUAGUGCUGAAUGGAAUCCAAAAAAACAACAAGGUUCAACUGAUUUUGAGACUGUGCUCCACGAUAAAGAUAAACAAAUGGAGAGCUUAGUUCAGAGAAUAGGACUGCUUUAUAAGUAUAACAAUCAAUUCGCCAAAGAAAAUAAAAAACUUUUAACCCUUCUUAAACAAACUGAGGCUAACAACUCUAAAGAAUGUGAAGUUUGUAGUCAACUUACAGCGGAAAAGAAUUCAAUACUUGAAGCAAAUAGUAAUUUGCAAAACGAUGUGGCAAUGAUGAAAGUUUUAGUUUACAGAUUGAAUGUACAAAUCGAAAGCUACCAAGAUAAACUCAGGAAUACAAAUGGAAGCAUGUUGGAUGAUGAAACACCUCGCAGUGAGUUUCAUGAGAGAAAGAACCUAGACUCUUGUUGGGGUCCUGUCAACAGUGAAACAUUAGGUCCGCUAUUAAAUUCCUAUGAGGAAAUGAUUAAGGACAAAAACGAUUUGAUUCAGCAACAUGAAAAAGAACUGAAACAUUUUACUGGCGAAUUGAAAAAAGUCAUCGAUGAGAAUUUGCAAUUACAACAAGAGUGUGAUGUUAUUAAAAAGUCUUCCAAUGGUUGGUUGGAAACCAAAACACGUCUUCAAUCACAGCUUGAUUCUUUGAAAUCAAAACUGGAUAUUCAAACAAAACGAGCUGAUUUGGCCAAAGAAAAACUAUUGGAAGUCAUUCAAUGUUAUGAACAGAAAACUCAAAAUCAGUCACUUGAUCUUGAGCAUUUGCAGAAUGCGUAUUCGCGUUGUAAGAACGAACUUGUCGCCAUUAAGAGCUCUACAGCAAAUCAGCAAAAUGCCAUAGUUGAAUCCCUAAAAGAAUGUAAAGAACUUUUCGAAGAACUCAAAUCACAACAUAAAAACGAAAAAUCUAGCUUAGAAUCCAAAAUAGAAGAACUACGCAAAGAAAACACAGAACUUUUACUAAAAAAUGAAGAACUUAAAAAACAAGAAGCGGUUUUGAAAAACGAAUUCAACUCAGAAAGGUGUACAUUUGAAGAGUUGAAGGCGAAAACAAUAGCUCUUCAGAAAAUUACUGAUAAAUUAAAAAAGUCAAGGGAUAGAUUGAAAGCUCGUUUGAAAAUUGCCCUUGAAUGGGCUAAAAAAUUGGAACAGGAGCAUUCAAAUUUCGAAAAUAACUGGGAGGCAGUUAAACGUUUGGAAACGGUAGUGAAACAUAAAGAAGCUCAAUUGAGGGGACUACACGCACGUCAUGUGGAGGAAAUGGAUAAAAUGCGACAAAAGUUGGAACAGAAAGAGGAUACCAUUAAAAAUAUUCUGAAAUCCAAAAUAAAUAUAUAGCGUACAGUAUAAUUAUUAUGUAGAGUUAUUUAUUUAUUGUUUUUAGUUGCGAUUUGUGUUCUGUUAAGAUUUUAAAUACAAAAUUUGGGUUAUUAUAAAAAUACAUUAAAUACAAAAAAU